GUCAAAUUUUGACAGUGACAGUCAGCUGGGCCCAGGAUUUUCGAAUUUUCAGUCGAUGUGGUUUUUCAGAAAUAAGCAAUGGCACUUAGGACAGGGUUAGCUAAGAUAUCCAAUAUAAGAUGCGUUGCUCCACAAAGAUUCAGGCUGCGCGCCAUGAGCACGCAGACCGCCACCAAGGAGGCCGAAACUAACGAAGGCAUGAAACCUGGACAGACGCAUUUUGGAUUUCAAGUUGUUGAUGAAGGCGAAAAGACCAAAAAAGUUCACGAAGUAUUCGAGACGGUAGCAGAGAAGUAUGACCUGAUGAAUGAUGUGAUGUCCAUGGGCAUCCACCGUGUGUGGAAGGACAUCUUCAUACAGCGGCUGGCUCCUAGACAGGAGACCAAACUCUUGGAUAUGGCUGGUGGAACUGGUGACAUAGCAUUCAGAUACAUAGAGUACCUGCAGAAGCUGGGGCCGUCAUACGGCGGCCAGAGCAGCGUCACAGUAUGUGACAUCAACCAAGCCAUGCUGGACGUUGGCAAGCAGAGGGCACAGAAACUAGGCUACACAGCGGAGGGCUCCGGUGUGGCGAUAGACUGGGUGUGCGGCGACGCGGAGAGCCUGGCGCUGCCUGAUGAGAGCUACAACGCCUAUACCAUCGCAUUCGGCAUCAGGAACUGCACUCAUAUUGACAAGGUCCUUGAGGAAGCGUAUAGGGUGCUGACGCCCGGCGGCCGUUUUAUGUGCCUUGAGUUCAGCCAAUUGCCCAACAGUACUCUACAAUGGGUAUACGACCAGUAUUCGUUCCAAGUGAUCCCAGUGCUGGGCCAGCUGUUCGCGGGACAGUGGAAGCCUUACCAGUACCUCGUCGAGAGCAUCCGACAGUUUCCUGAUCAGGAGAAGUUCAAGACGAUGAUCGAGGACGCAGGUUUCCGUCAGGUGACAUACGAGAACCUCACGUUCGGCACGUGCGCCAUACACUCGGGCUUCAAGAUAUAGUGCUGUUUAUUCGAAUAUACCGCUGUUAAGUUUAUCUCUAGAUAGUCGUUUUUUAUGUAAAUAAUAGUGUUACUAUUUAUAA